AUGUCACCCACUACAGCCCCAAUGACCUUCUACGACAUCGCCCUAGCACCCCCCGUCACAAAAUCCGCCGCCUCCCCAAAUCCCUGGAAAAGCCGCUUCGCCCUGAACUUCAAAAACAUCUCCUACAAAACAACCUGGGUGCCCCUACUCGACAUCAGCUCCGUUCGCGGCCCUCUCGACAUCCCCGCCUCCCGCAAAUUCGCCGACGGAUCCCCCUACCAUACCCUCCCCAUCCUCUCAGACCCAGCCACCGGGCGGAUAGUGGGUGACUCCUUUGAAAUCGCGACAUACCUCCAAGAACAAUACCCGUGCUCGGGAGCGGGGGACUUGUUCCCGGCGCAGGAGCUUGAAUUUGUCUUUGUGCACGACAUGGGGCCUUACCCGCCCAUUGCGGAGGCGCAGGUUUCGGAUGGCCCUGCUGUCGCGUACGCGAAGUUCAAUACGAAUGUCGAUGCUUUGUUUAGUGCGAAUGCGCGCGUGAUAGCGCAAGGUUUCCCUUUUGAUCCUGCUGUUGCGGAGGAGUGUAAGGCGAUGUUCUCGAAGAGAGUGGGAGUACCGUGGGAGGCUAUGGCUGUUGGUGCAGAGGAGAGGAUCGAGUUGUUCAAGGCGUUUGAGGAGGCCCUGGGUGAACUUGCGAAGCUGUAUACGACUGAUGUGACUGGGCCAUUUAUUUUGGGAACUAGGGCAAGUUAUGCAGACUUCAUUGUGGGCGGGUGGUUGCGUAUGAGUCGGGCCAUGUUGCCGGGGGAGGAAUGGGAAGCGUUGAAGGGAUGGCAUGGCGGUGUAUUUGGACGGUUGGAUGAGGCGCUGGAGGUAUAUUCGCAGAUGGACUAG